AAGAAGCUGUCGUCGCGAUGCACUCUGGGAUACGACGUUCACUGUCCUUUCCUGCGCACAGAUUCCAACGUGGUAAAGCUCUGUGUUGGACUACAAUGACAGGAAACGCUUUAAAAUGUGAAUUAUACAGUAUUUCCUGUGUAUGCUAUUUCUUUUUAAUAAUUAAUAGUUUUAUUUAAGAUAUACAACUAUACUUAACUGGCAAAAGAAAGAUUGAGGAUUUUAAAUCGAGUACGAUUGAUACAAGAUGAUACAAAUAAUAGUGGGCUGUUAUUAUUAAUUUAAAGCUCUUUUUGGGUGUUGCCAUUUCACUGUGUCAGCACAUAAUGAAGCAUACAAGAUGGCAAUAAACUGGUUAGUAAGUAGGCACCGUUUUGAAUAGAUAAUAAAAAGCUUUUUUAAAGUAAUUUUAAUUGUAGUCUUUAUAAUCGUAGUCGUAUAUCUUAUGAACACUUGACAUUAAACGCGGAACACACAACUCUAUUUUACAUUAUUGAUUCACCAAAUUUGCACAUAUCAGACCUGUACAUACAUAAUUGUCUAUAUUGUAUAUUGUGUUUUUGCUGUUUUGUACAUUGCCUAUUUCUAUAUUAAUGUAUAUUAUUAUUUUUUUAUCAUCUGUGUUCUGUCCUGUUGCUGUCUUUCUGUUGCACUGUGGAGCUUCUGUCACUAUAACAAAUUCCUCGUAUGUGGAAACAUACUUGGCCAAUAAAGCUCAUUCUAUUCUAUUCUAUUCUAUUCUAAAAUAUGUCAUUCUGGCUGGUGCACUGUGAAGGCUGCCAUCUUAUGUAUCUGUUCCUGUCUGUUAUAUUGUUUUUUUUAAUCUCAUUAUUAUUGUAUUAUUUUGGUUUACAAUUUUUUCAUUUUUUUUCUAUAUCAGAUUUUUGUGUUAAAAUGAUUUUUUUUUUUAAGUUACUUUGCAACAAUCCCAUCGUGAAAUAUAAAUUAAAUUGAACACUGAUGGUCGUUUUUAUCAUCAUCAGGUUAAGCAUCUGAUUUCAUGAUAUUGAUGAAAUUGAAAAUAAUUCAUUUAUUUUAUACCAAAGAGUAUGGAUAUUAUCAAGACGACUCAGUGCUAUUACUGUGAAUGGGGGAAAGUGCAACACUCAGUAUAGCCACUCCAGCGAAUGAAGUUCCCCUUCCAGUAAAAAGAGCCAAUCGUCAAAGAGUAAUUAUUUUUGGGGGACGGGCUCUAAACCCUCGCGCAUGCGCAGUCGCAGCCUGUAAAGAGUUUUUAACGCAAUUUAAGAUUAAGAAGCAACAUUUUGGUACAGUGUUAUAUAGUCUUGAUGUCAUAUAUUGUUUAAUUGUGACCUCAGCACGCGAUUUUAAAGUUACCAAUCUUCCCCAAUACAAGUAGAUAGGACUUGGUCUUGUAUGACUAAAAUAGCUGCAUGCGAUGACUUUCCUUAGAGGGACUUUGAACUGAUGCGAAUACUGGAAGGCCUAUUUGCCGCGGGAGACGAAAUCUGUUGUCUCGUGUGUAAACAAACCCUCUGGAUUCUCAACCUUUCAGCGCUACAAAAUGAGCGAAGAAAGGUACGUAGAAAGAAACUGGACGGAAUCCGAGACGAGAGCGCUGCUCCGCAUCCGAGGAAACGAAGAGUUAAGUCGGCAGAUUAGCGGAACCGUUCGCGAUUCUCUCAUUUACGGCGAAAUCACGAGGCUCCUCCGCGCGCAGGGGAUAAACAGAAGCCAUCGACAGGUCACGAACAAACUAAAGACCCUCAGAAAUAAAUUUCGGAAAAUUCAUGAGCAUCACAAAAACAGCGGCCUCGGUAGAGUUUAUUGGAGUUUUUACGAUCUUUGCAAGUCCAUCUGGGGGACCAGGCGCCCCGCAAACACCUCGGUGCCUAAUGCUAAAAACGUGAAACUCGAAGAACCCCAAAGCACGUCCAUCGAAGAAAACAGAUCCACUGACAUUGAGGUAUCGGUCAGUAAUGAUGAAGAGACGGAUAUCACACCAAAAGAACAAUGCCACGUCCGUUGUCUGAUGUGUGGAUACAUUUCAUCUCAGCCAGUGUAGAAGGAAAGGCUAUGUACAUUUGCAAAUACUGUGGAAAUAGCUAUGUUAAGAAUGCCACAAAGAUGCAGAAGCAUAUAUCCAAGUGCCCAGAGUUUCCCCAGAGCUUAAAACAAGCAACACCACCAGUUACUGAGCCUCCAAAGAAAAAGGCAAAAAAAGACCACAUUGCUGAAUCCAUAGGAGAUGAAGAAGCUUUCCAUAUCCAGGACGAGAGAGAGUAUGAGGAACGGUUGCGUAGAGAAGCCAGGGAGGAGCAGAAGGAAGAAAGGGCAAGUCUGAUGUCGAUGUGGAAGGAAAUGAUGGAGUUCCAAGGGAACCUCUUAAAGGAAUUUAUACACCACCCGUCCCGGCCUGCAUCUGGGCCUUACCACAAACACGCUCAUUACAACCAGGGGUCCUCUUCUUUUGCAAGCACUAGCUACACGGCACCAUACGACUCGCCGGGAAUGGAAACUGAAAACGAAAGUGCGAUCUCACAAGAGGAAGAGGAGGAGAAAUACCUUCCGUCUGAGAUUCCUGUCAUCGUAGACGUUGCAUCUUUGAAACGUACUAACGACGACCAAUCAAAUAUCACACUGCCUCUUUCGCCCCAACCCACACAAUCGACAGAAGAGACAGAUCUACAGAUGUCUGUGCUCCGCAGACAGGAAAAAGUGUUGCAGCUACAGGAAGAGUAUUAUACAAUCAAAAUCAAGUACCUGAAAGACCAGAUGGCCAGAGAUCAGGGACAGAUUAUUAAGUGUUAACCAUAUUAAAACGUUUUCAAAUGUAACAAUUUUUGUUGUUGUUUUUUAAGGUUUUGACUGUGUCAACUGUAUAAUGUUACUGUGCAUUUAAGCAGUCCCUACCUUACUCUCAAAUGUGUAAUGGAAUGUCGCAUAUUUUGACCAGUAGAUGGCGGAAUGGUUCCUUUUUUUUACUGCCGUCACAAAUUCGAGAGUAUAGGCUAAUAAAAACCCUUACUUGUAAAAUCGUGAACCACAUAAAUAUCCAUACAUUUAUUCUCGAGAACUCCUUCAAUUGCUAAAGCCAUGCUUUGUUAGUUUUAUGACAAAGAGAGUGCAUUUUUCAUUGGAAUCCUGUCCUUGGCGUCAACAUAAAAUCUUCAUUAAUGAACUUGACUUUGUUUUUUAAUGUUUCAUUAAACUGUGUACAUUUGAAACUGCGCUUUAAUCAAUUCCAACGCCCUAAAUUUAGAAUAUCCUUAAAUAAAAUGGUUGUUUCUUAUUUUGAUUUAGCUCUAUGUUCUCUCAAGCCUAAAUGCUGUUUUGCGCUCCAAACGUGAUCAUUGCUUUACUUGAACUAAAAACAUUAGCCUUUCAUCAUCAUAAUUAUUUAGAAAACAAAAUCAAAGGCAUUUUAUUAGUGGUUUAAGCUUAUUCUAUAGCUCGAAUCAUUUUUCUCCUCAAAUGUUUUUAUAUCAUAUCUCUUUCUCUUAUUCCCCCCUGCUUUUUCUUGUCAUAGGCAGAGAUUGCAUUUAUAAGGAACCACUCUGUCUUUGUUCGGCGUUCUUGUUUUGAAACAGCGUGUGAUGGCAUAUUGGCUUUUCUUUUUCAUUACUUGCACUUUGUUCGUUUUUUGUACAGGUAAAUAAAAGAGUGAACCAAUUUCAGUGAACUUAAACAGAUUACAUUUAUUUUUUAAUCAAAUUGUUUGUCAAACAAGCUUCAUAUAAUGAUUUAAAAACAGUAUAAAACAUUCUCACAUCUCAGAAUA